AUGCCGCCUCCUGGCCAGAUGCCCACGCCCGAGCAAAUCCAGGCGAUCCAGAGACAACUUGCCAUUGAUGCCGAGAAGGCUGGCAUGACCGUUCCCGAGUUUGUCGAGCAGCUCAAGAGACAGCAUCAGCAGAUGAUGAUGAGACAAAUGCAGAUGCAACAACAGCAACAACAACAACAACACCAACAAGGAGGAGGAGCACCACCUCCGGAAGACGGCCACCAGCACCAGCACCAGCACCAGCAUCAGCAUCAGCAAGGCCCUCCCGCCGGUCAAGCCCGGCCCAUUGUUCCCGGCCCUCCUAAGCCCGAAGCGAUCGCUCUCGCCAAGUUCCUCCGCAGCCAGGAACUCAAGCCCCGUACCGUCAUCCUUAAUGGCGAACGCAAGGACAUGUUUAGAGUCAAACGUGCCCUCCGUGCUCUCCAGUCUCCCGCCUACGAGAAGGCUCGCAAGAAGAACCCCCUCCUCCCCGAGAUCACCGACCGCGCGUCCCUCGAGAACACGUUCAAGCUGCUGCCCAUGUCCAUGCUCGCUCUGCGCGUCACAAAGAUCGACCCGCACGAGGGCCACGACCACCCGCCCACUAAGAAGCCGCACGGCGGCGGCAAGCGCGUCAAGGGUCUGUGGACGGUACGGAUCGAGCCGCAACAGGACGCCCAGGACGACAUGUACUACGUGUGGCUGUGGGAGGGCAGCCAGGUCAUGCGCAAGGUCUACGCAGCGCUUGCACUGCUCGUUAUCUUUGCCGUGGUACUGUACCCUCUGUGGCCUCUCAAGAUGCGCCAGGGAGUCUACUACCUCAGUUGGGGUUUCCUGAUGUUCUUGGGUCUGUUCUUCGCCAUGGCUAUCUUCCGGGUUAUCCUCUUCUGCAUCACCUACUUUGUGCUAUCGCCAGGUUUCUGGUUGUUCCCGAACCUGUGGGAGGAUGUCAGUGUCGUGGAAAGCUUCAAGCCUGUCUGGGCUUGGCAUGAUCCCAAUCCCAAGAAGAAGAAGAAGAACAAGUCCAAGACCCCAGCGGGAAGUGCCAAAGCCAAUGCUACGUUUGCCGCUACUACCGGCCAACCUGCUCCGGCUACUGCUGUCACCACCGCUACCGACACUCAAGUUGCUACUGCUACACCUACAGCGGCAGCACAGCGAAACUAUGUUGCACCGAAGGUGGAGGAACUUGCGGACGAUGAGUAG